CACCGCGGCUCAGGUUAAUAUAACUCCCUCAGUCUGAAACCUCGUGAGAAAGUUGCCUUUGAGGCAAAGCUACAUUUCGUUGUGCUGAUAGUUGGGGUUGUUAUUAUCAAAACUAACAACAUUUCCCCCUUACGAAACCUUUAUUGGACUGCAUUCUUCCCCACCCCCUAUCUCACGUUUAAUCGAAUACAGUUUAUUCUCUGGAUAACGAAUAUUAAUUUAUGCUGAGCAUUCACCACAAGCUAUUGCCGCAAGUCAAGUGGGAACUCUACUUUGCAAUUAACUUCUGUGGAUUUGUUCUAGUAGCCUACGCUUCUCAUGACCGCGUUGUGGGUUUGGCUUGUUGACUAUAACUGGAGUUUCGGGCUAUUCGGAUAUUGCUGCGUGGACAGGAUCACACAGUAUACAUAAAUAGGGAUACUAGUAGGCUACUCUUUUUGUCCUCACCUGUUUUCUUCUCCCUUUUCUAUGGUCGAUACAUGAUCGUAUGCUGGAGUAGCCUACAGCAAGAGAAACAGAUUCUUACACGCAUCAUUCGCUGGAGCACCGCUGAUAAAGAGUUGACCGGAGAUCUAGGAGGACAAAUGGUCGGACGACGUUGUGUCAUUUAACGCACAGUCUCGGAAGGAGCUAGGAUGAAUUUAUCGUAAUCUGGAACAUCCCCGCGCCGGUCCCUAUUUUGUUAGUAGACGGGUUUAUCAGGAACAGGGCAUCUGCGGAGGUAGAACGAUGUUUCCCCAGGGUCGACACCCGACACCCCACCAGGCCCCAGGCCAACCUUUCAAAUUCACAAUCCCAGAGUCACUGGACCGCAUCAAAGAGGAGUUCCAGUUUCUCCAAGCCCAGUACCACAGUUUGAAACUGGAGUGUGAGAAGCUGGCCAGUGAGAAGACAGAGAUGCAGAGGCACUAUGUUAUGUACUAUGAAAUGUCUUACGGGCUGAACAUUGAAAUGCACAAACAGACAGAGAUCGCCAAGAGGCUCAAUACCAUCUGUGCACAAGUCAUCCCCUUCCUCUCACAGGAGCACCAACAGCAGGUGAUCCAGGCAGUGGAGAGGGCCAAGCAGGUCACCAUGGGCGAACUCAACUCCGUCAUCGGGGUACGUGGCCUUCCCGGUCUACCACCCACACAGCAGCAUCUGUCCCACGCACAUGGCCCCCAUGUCCCUCUCACACCCCACCCUGCGGGGCUCCACCCAGCCCACCUGGGGGGAGGGGCCAGCCUGCUCGCCCUGUCCAGUGCCCUGGCGGCACCACCGCACCACCUGGUGUGCAAAGAGGACAAGAAACACCCGUCAGAGGCCGAGUACCUGAGAGAGCGAGAGCCGGGCACAAGUAAUACCCUGCUGGUUGCUGACAGUUUGAGGAACUCAGACAAGCGGCGCAACGGACCUGAAUUCCCCAAUGACACCAAGAAGAGGAAAGUAGAGGACAAGGACUCUAGUCAUUAUGAUAGUGAUGGAGAGAAGAGUGAUGACAACCUGGUGGUGGACGUCUCCAAUGAGGAUCCUGCCUCCCCUCAUGGUACGCCCCUGCCCUCCCCCAGGGAGAACGGGCUGGACAAGACACGCCUCCUGAAGAAGGACCCCUCCUGUAGCCCCGCCUCCACAGCCUCCUCUGCAAGCUCCUCCUCCCUCAAGUCCAAAGAGAUGGGAAUGCGUGACAAGCCGGGUACGCCUCGACCGAAGUCGAGCACUCCCACUCCCCGAGGAGAUUCCACCCCCGGACCCAGCGCCACACCCACUCUCCGCCCCAGCCUAUCCAAGCCCCCUUCCAUGGAACUACCUCACCCACCUACUCUUGUCUACUCCCUAGCCGCUGGUCUGCGGACUCCGCUGGCGGUGUCAGGGCCGUACCCCGGGCCGUUCGGCAUGCUGCCCCAUGCCGCCAUGAACGGGGAGCUGGCGGGUGCCGGCGCAGCCUACGCCGGCCUCCACAACAUGUCCCCUCAGAUGAGCGCUGCAGCCGCCGCCGCUGUGGCUGCCUACGGACGCUCCCCUAUGGCCGGCUUUGACCCUCAUCCUCACAUGAGAGUCCCUGGAAUGCCCCUAAGCUUAUCAGGCAUCCCUGGAGGCAAACCGGCCUACUCCUUCCAUGUUAGCGCCGAUGGACAGAUGCAGCCGGUACCGUUCCCUCCGGACGCCCUGGUGGGCCCUGGCAUCCCGCGCCACGCACGCCAGAUCAACACGCUGAACCACGGCGAGGUGGUCUGUGCUGUCACCAUCAGCAACCCCACGCGCCAUGUCUACACGGGCGGCAAGGGCUGCGUCAAGGUCUGGGACAUCAGUCACCCUGGCAAUAAGAGUCCCGUGUCCCAACUGGACUGCCUGAACCGAGACAACUAUAUCCGCUCAUGCCGGCUGCUCCCCGACGGGCGGACGCUCAUCGUGGGGGGCGAGGCCAGCACGCUGUCAAUCUGGGACCUGGCCACGCCCACUCCACGCAUCAAGGCGGAGCUGACCUCCUCGGCCCCGGCCUGCUAUGCCCUGGCCAUCUCCCCCGACUCCAAGGUGUGCUUCUCCUGCUGCAGCGACGGGAACAUCGCUGUCUGGGACCUGCACAACCAGACCCUGGUCAGACAGUUCCAGGGCCACACAGACGGAGCCAGCUGUAUUGACAUCUCCAACGAUGGGACCAAGCUGUGGACGGGGGGGCUGGACAACACCGUACGCUCCUGGGACCUAAGAGAGGGACGCCAGCUGCAGCAGCACGACUUCACCUCACAGAUCUUCUCUCUGGGUUACUGUCCGACGGGAGAGUGGCUGGCGGUGGGGAUGGAGAGUAGUAAUGUGGAGGUGCUCCACGUCACCAAGCCAGACAAGUACCAGCUCCACCUCCACGAGAGCUGUGUGCUCUCCCUCCAGUUCGCCUCCUGUGGUAAAUGGUUUGUGAGCACAGGGAAGGAUAACCUGCUGAACGCGUGGAGGACACCGUACGGAGCCAGUAUAUUCCAGUCGAAGGAGUCUUCGUCGGUGCUAAGCUGUGACAUCUCAGUUGAUGAUAAGUACAUAGUUACAGGUUCUGGAGAUAAGAAGGCCACUGUCUAUGAAGUCAUCUACUAGACUGGUGAGCACUAGGAUCAGCGACUUGACAACCCAAAGGAGCUUUCACGGUCCUAAAACUGACCCUGGGUCAGGGGAUCCUGCAGAACAUUCUACACCCUUUGACUUUUUCCACAUUUUGUAGUGUUACAGCCUGAAUUUAAAAUGAAUAAAAUGUAGAUUUUUUGUGUG